UUUUUUACCCCCUCCGGCGGGGGAGGGGACCGGGGGCCAAGAAAGGACAGCAUGCUGGCUGGCGCGAGUAGAGUGGAGCCUCCGUUCCCCGGGUCCUGAGAGCCCAGCGCGCGGCACCCGACCGUCCGGCCGCGAGCGGGGAGGCCCUCCUCCCGCCUCUCUUGCACAUUGCAGCCCGCCGAUUCGGCCCCGACCCAGACGUCCACACUGCAGGACCCUGGCGGCGCCGACACGCUGAGAAACCAUGAGUGUAAGGUUGCCCCAGAGCAUAGACAGGGUAAGCAGCCUGUCUUUGGGAGACCCGGCGCCCGGACGCAGGCCGCCUUCCCACCUCCACCAGCCCUGUGACGCCUCUGCCGCCUCUGACGCCGCAGGUCUUGUUCAGCGCUGUGUCAUCAUCCAGAAGGACCAGCAUGGCUUCGGCUUCACUGUCAGUGGGGACCGUGUCGUCCUGGUGCAGUCCGUGCGGCCCGGAGGGGCGGCCAUGAGAGCUGGUGUCAAAGAGGGCGACCGGAUCAUCAAGGUGAACGGCACCAUGGUGACCAACAGCUCACACCUGGAGGUGGUAAAGCUUAUCAAAUCUGGCGCCUACGUCGCACUGACCCUCCUGGGCUCUUCCCCCUCGUCCGUCAGCGUCUCCGGGCUGCAGCAGGACCCAGCCCCGGCCGGAGCCCCCCGAGUCGCCCCUGUGGCCCCACCACCACCUCCGCCUCCGCCCCCGCCCCCUCCACAGCACAUCACGGGGCCCAAGCCGCUGCAGGAUCCCGAGUUCCAAAAACACGCCACCCAGAUCCUUCGGAAUAUGUUGAAGCAGGAGGAAAAGGAGUUACAGCGGAUCUGUGAGGUGUACAGCCGGAACCCGGCCAGCCCGCUGGAGGAGCAGAUGGAGGGUGCCCGGAGGCGCGUCACUCAGUUACAGCGCAAGAUCCAGCAGGAGACAGGUGGCUUGGCGGACCUGCUGCCCCUGUAUGGUGACACCAGCCAGCGAUCAUCAGAAGGCCGGCUUUCUCUGGACUCCCAGGAGGGGGACAGCGGCUUGGACUCUGGGACAGAGCGUCUCCCCUCCCUCAGUGAGGCGCUGAAGAAUCGGAACUCCGCCUUAUCAGACCCUGGGCCGGACAGUCCCCGAACCUCCCCGGUGAUCAUGGCCAGGGUGGCCCAGCACCACCGGCGGCAGGGCUCGGAUGCACCAGUGCCCAGCGCCAGUGACCAGGGCACAGACCAGAGCCCAAAGCCUUUAAUCAUAGGCCCAGAGGAAGACUGUGACGCGGGUUAUUUCAACAACGAGAGCGACAUCAUAUUCCAGGACCUCGAGAAGCUGAAGGCCCGGCCAGCCCACUUGGGCGUGUUCCUGCGGUACAUCUUCUCUCAGGCGGACCCCAGCCCCCUGCUGUUUUACUUGUGUGCCGAAGUGUAUCAGCAGGCGACCCCCAGGGAUUCCCGAAGCUUGGGGAAAGACAUCUGGAGUAUUUUCCUGGAGAAGAACGCGCCGCUGAGAGUGAAGGUCCCAGAGAUGUUGCAGGCUGAAAUUGACUUGCGUCUGCGCGCCGGCGAGGACGUCCGCACCGCCCUCCGGGAAGCCCAGGAGGCAGCCAUGCCCGAGAUCCAGGAGCAGAUCCAGGACUACAGAACGAAGCGCACCCUGGGGCUGGGCAGUCUGUACGGUGAGAAUGACCUGCUGGACCUGAAUGGGGACCCUCUCCGGGAACGCCAAGUGGCCGAGAAGCAGCUGGCUGCCCUGGGAGACAUCCUGUCCAAGUACGAGGAGGACAGGAGUGCACCCAUGGACUUCGCCCUCAACGCCUACAUGAGCCACGCUGGGCUCCGUCCUCGAGAGGCACGGCCUUCCAGCGCGGCCGAGAAGGCCCAGGUGGCCCCCGACAAGGACAAAUGGCUGCCCUUCUUCCCAAAGACCAAGAAGCAGAGCAGCAAUUCCAAAAAAGACAAGGAAGCCCUGGAGGACAAGAGGCGAAACCCUAUCCUCAAGUACAUCGGGAAGCCUAAGAGCUCUUCGCAGAGCACAUUUCAUAUUCCCUUGUCCCCUGUGGAAGUCAAACCCGGCAACGUGAGGAACAUCAUUCAGCACUUUGAGAACAACCAGCCAUAUGACGCCCCAGAGCCUGGGACGCAGCGGCUCUCCACGGGCAGCUUUCCUGAGGACCUGCUGGAGAGUGACAGUUCACGCUCAGAGAUUCGCCUGGGCCGCUCGGAGAGCCUGAAGGGCCGCGAAGAGAUGAAGCGGUCUCGGAAGGCCGAGAACGUGCCCCGCUCCCGCAGCGACGUGGACAUGGAUGCGGCCGCGGAGGCCGCCCGCCUCCACCAGUCAGCCUCAUCCUCUGCCUCCAGCCUCUCCACCAGGUCCCUGGAGAACCCCACCCCCCCCUUCACCCCCAAGAUGGGCCGCAGGAGCAUUGAGUCCCCCAGCCUGGGGUUCGGUGCAGACGCCCUCCUCCCCCACCUCCUAGAGGACGACCUGGGCCAGCUGUCUGACCUGGAGCCGGAGCCCGACGCCCAGAACUGGCAGCACACAGUGGGCAAGGACGUGGUGGCCGGGCUGAGCCAGAGGGAGAUCGACCGGCAGGAGGUCAUCAACGAGCUCUUUGUGACAGAAGCCUCCCACCUGCGCACGCUCCGGGUCCUGGACCUGAUCUUCUACCAGCGGAUGAAGAAGGAGAACCUGAUGCCCCGGGAGGAGCUGGCCCGGCUCUUCCCCAACCUGCCUGAGCUCAUAGAGAUCCACAAUUCUUGGUGUGAGGCCAUGAGGAAGCUCCGGGAGGAGGGCCCCAUCGUCAAAGACAUUGGUGACCUCAUGCUGGCUCGGUUUGACGGCCCCGCGCGGGAGGAGCUCCAGCAAGUGGCUGCCCAGUUCUGCUCCUACCAGUCCAUAGCCCUGGGGCUCAUCAAGGCCAAGCAGCGCAAGGAGAGCCGGUUCCAGCUCUUCAUGCAGGAGGCCGAGAGCCACCCUCAGUGCCGGCGGCUGCAACUCAGAGACCUCAUCAUCUCAGAGAUGCAGCGCCUCACCAAGUACCCGCUGCUGCUGGAGAGUGUCCUCAGGCAUACGGAGGGCGGCACCUCCGAGCACGAGAAGCUGUGCCGGGCCCGGGACCAGUGCCGGGAGAUUCUCAAGUACGUGAACGAGGCCGUGAAGCAGACGGAGAACCGGCACCGCUUGGAGGGUUACCAGAAACGCCUGGACACCACCUCCUUGGAGAGGGCCAGCAACCCCCUGGCGGCGGAGUUCAAGAGCCUGGAUCUGACCGCCAGGAAGAUGAUCCACGAGGGGCCCCUGACCUGGAGGAUCAGCAAGGACAAGACCUUGGACCUGCACGUGCUGCUGCUGGACGACGUCCUGGUGCUGCUGCAGAAGCAGGACGAGAGGCUGCUGCUCAAGUGCCACAGCAAGACGGCCGCCGGCUCCUCGGACAGCAGGCAGACCUUCAGCCCCGUGCUCAAGCUCAACGCCGUGCUCAUCCGCUCCGUGGCCACAGACAAACGGGCCUUCUUCAUCAUCUGCACCUCCGAGCUGGGCCCCCCCCAGAUCUAUGAGCUGGUGGCCCUGACGUCGUCGGACAAGAACACGUGGAUGGAGCUCUUGGAGGAGGCCGUGCGGAAUGCCACCAGGCGCCCGGGAGCUGCCCCAGCGUUCGCCCAUCCCCCACCACCUGGUGCCCAGGAGCCGGCCCAGCAGAGCCUCACACCCAGCAGGGUAGGACUGGAUGGCUCAGAUGUGCUCCACGGUGACCCGGGACCUGAGGAGCUGUCUGGAGGCCCUGGGCCCCAGCAGAGGGUCAAGGGGAAGCACCCGGUCCCACUAGAGGAUCCCGAGCAGGAGGGCAGCAUGGAGGAGGAGCCGGGCGCCCCGCCCCACCCCUCCGUGGCCCUGGAUGCAGAGGACAGGGGCCACAGGACCAGGGAUCCCACCCUCCUGUCCCUCCCGGGCCCUCUGGUGGUGGAAGGGCUCGCUGAUGCAGCCCUCCAAGAUGUGGAGAGCCUGCGGCGCCUGAUCCUGUGGGGCCUGCUGCCCGGCCACCCCGAGGGAGCCCAGGCUGCCGGGGAGCCCGAGGGCGACCGCACCCCUACGCCUUCGCUCACAAGCAACGCCUCUCAGCCCCGCAAGCCCGGCUCCCCGGGGCCAGAGAGGGAGCAGCCAGAGCAGCAGGACGUGGUGCUCUGUUCUCUGGAGCACCUGCCCCCCCGGGCCAGGAACUCUGGGGUCUGGGAGUCUCCCCAGCUGGACAGGAAUCCAGAGGAAGAGGCUCUGAGCACAGAGGCAGCAGGAAGCUACAAAGUUGUAAGAAAAGCUGAGGUGGCGGGCGGCAAGGCUGUCCCCACACUGCCCACGAGUGGCCAGUCAGGGCCUGAGCCAACCGAAGCGGAAGGCGGAGCCACGGCCUCGGGGAACUGUUUCUAUGUCAGCAUGCCAGCAGGACCCCCAGACUCCAGCACCGACCCCUCGGGGGUGCCCACAAGCCCCUCCCAGCCUGACAGCCUCCCUGCCUGGCAGACAGAGCCUUGGCUCCUGGGGGAGGGUGGCCGCAGGCACCCCAGCCGCUCCCCCCCCAGCCUGGCCCUCGGGGACAUGAGCAGCAUCUUCCACACCAUCGAGCAGCUCACUGUCAAGCUCCACAGGCUCAAGGACAUGGAGCGGGCCCACAGAGAGCUGCUCAGGUCCCUCGGGGGAGAGUCGUCUGGUGGCACCACACCUGUGGGCAGUUUCCACGCAGAGACGGCUAGAUGGACAGACCACUCCCUGUCACCUCCAGCCAAGGAUGCCCUGGCCUCAGACUCCAGGGACAGCCACCAGCCAGGGCCGUGGUCUGAGGACGGCUCCGACACACCCCUGGAAGACAGCACGGCAUACGCAGCCUCGUCCCCAGGACUCUAACUGUCCAAACACCAAAUCCUCCAUGUCCCCACUCGCCCAGGGGACUGGCCUGAGGCAGGGGCACCCCAGACCUCCGCCCCACAGUAGAGGCAGUCCAGCCCAGCCCCCACGGAAGACCCGCAUGCCCUUGGUCUGCUCAGGUCCGGGUCAAGUUCAGUGUGUUCCCGCCUCCCUGGCCUGGCACCCUGAGCAUGCCAGCUGCACCCGAACAGGCCCCCAGACCCGCAGGUGGCAGGAGGAGGCUCUGUGUAGAUGCACUUUCUUCCUCCCCUCCCCUCCCUGCAGGACCCUGGGGCUGGGGUGGGGUGCCUGCACCCUGGGCCUCUUUGUCACUUUGGUUUCCUAUAAAUAUGUAUGUACUGUUCGUGCAUCUUGCUCUGUAAAUAACUGACCUGUUUCUGUUGUUGGGCGUCCGUUGUCUCCUAGUUAACAGCCUAGCUCCGGGGGUCAGAGCUGAGCACGCCGAUCCCCUGGGGGCAGGAAGGUGUCCUAGCCCACCUGGCUCUGGCCAGGGCCGCUCCCUCCUGGGACUCCUCCUCUCCAGGGGAAUGCCCGACCCCACCUCUGUCCACCCGUCCCCACCCUGUCCCCAUAGAAAACCAGUGUAUCAGGUACGGCCCUGAAAACUGGGCCCCAGGAGGUGAGGUGGGGGGUUGAAUGCUGGAGUCCCCGAGCUAACCCAGGGCUGUCCCUGGGCCCCCACAGCAUUGGCCCCUGUCGCUGGGCCAGCCCCCCACCCUGACUAACAAAAUAUACACACUGUGCUAGGUGUAUAUAUACAUAUAUAUAUAAAUAUAUAUAAUAUAUAAAAUAUAGAGAUGGAAAUGACUGUUUUCCUGUUAAAAUAAUGUAUACUCUUAUUUUCUUUCUUUCAUG